CUAGAAAUGUGUCUGUAGAAGACUGUUGUGUUUUGUGUCCUGUGUGUAUAAGGAGAAUAAAAUAAUUAUAAAUAAUGGCGAACAACUUGGGCUGCCUCUUCAUCAGCCUGGCUGUCAUGAAUAUAGUUUUGGCUCAGAAUUCAACAGAAAACAGCACAGACCUUCAAUGGCUGAACAGUCUUCUGCUAGUGCCGAGUGUGGACAUGCAAAAUGUGCUGUUGGCUGCAAACAGCAAUGUUGUGAACUUGAAUCCAGGGGAAGUGACACCAACAUCCUGCGUGGAUGACCAAGGCCGGCGCGGGGUCUGCGUGCUGCACUACCAGUGCCAACCUACCUCCAGGUCCCUGAUCAAAGACGGCGCCACCAUCAUCGACGUUAGGUACGACCCUAGGGAAAACGAAGGCGCUUGCCCCGACGUGCUAGAAGUAUGCUGUUUGAAUAUAUCGACAAGAGAUAAUAUCGACUUCAAGGAAAAAACACACAACAGUGCAGAUACUAUCAGUAAAUGCAAUUUAUUAACUCUUGUAGGGUUGUUACUUUAUUGUCUAAAUCGAAGAAACUGAAAGAAAAUCGUGAGAAAGGAAAUGUGACAUUCGAAUUGAUCUAAAAUAUUUUGAAGCCAUUGUUUUUAAGCCAAAUCGAAGAUAAAAUUGUAAUUUACUUUGUUAAAAUGUUGGUUAAAAUAUCAAGACGUCUAAAAUAAUAAGCGUACCUACUUUGUUUA